GCCAGAGGACGAGAACUGAUAUAUGUUGAGCAGAAGCACGGGCAGCCAGCCGGGUGAUCUGAGUGUUUCCUGGCUUUGAUGCGAUCCGACUGUACCUGGAGCAUGUCCACAGUGGGCCUGACUGCCCAGGAGAUCUCUUUUCCCAUCACAAACCCCUUCCUCCGGGGCAGCUACUGUCACAGCAUGGCUGGAUCCAAGCCCUCCUGGCCCCCUUAUCAUCACGAGCCCUCGGAGAAGUUCUACUUUGCUAUGGACACUCCAAACAUAGAUCACAGUUAUCGAACACAGCAAAAGGGGCCACCGCCAACUUACGAGAGACACAAACACAGUCCCAGCUCACAGAGAUUACCUCCAAAGAAAUCCCGGCCCACCCAUCUGACCCUGUCCUGCACUGCAGACUCGUCCGCUUCAAGUCCUGCUGAUGACGACCAGGUGGUCCCCUCAUUCCAGAGGCUCUCAUUCAAUGAGUACAGCAGCCCACCAGCGACGCCAGACAGAUGUUCGAAGCCUCUUCCACCCAUCCCCCCACAAACAGAUAUCUCCCCUGAGCAGGCUAUGGACAGUGAGGUAGAAUUUUUCACAAAUACAGACGAAAGACACCACCUGGUGUCUAGUGUUGACCAGUGUUCCAAAUCGUCUCCUUUUCGAUAUGGAUUUCCCAACCGAAGGAGCUUCAGGGACUGUGGGCAAAUUAAUUAUGCUUAUUAUGAUGGUCCUUUAGGACCGCAAAGCCACCAUCAGCCCCAACAGCACCAUCAGCCGCAUCCACCACAGCAAGCGCGAGAACAUUAUGAACAGAAGCGACCGGAACCACCUGAGCCAGUGGUUUGUCCGAGACCGCAGGACAAGACUCAAAGGAGGCUACGACGUUCUCACUCAGGCCCAGCAGGCUCUUUACACAAGCCCUCACUACGCCUCACAUGCCCCAGACGCCAUGCCAGCGGUAUGGAUAAGCCAGAAGUACCACCUCCCAUCCCUCCACGUAUACUGAAGUCCGGAGACUGCCGCCGCUGGUCAGCAGAGGUCUCGUCUGGGGCUUACAGCGAUGAGGACAAACCACCCAAGCUGCCCCCAAGGGACCAUUUGUCCAGAGGUAGUUCACGCACUCCCAGUCCCAAGAGCCUACCCUCGUACAUCAAUGGCGUAAUGCCCCCUACACAAAGUUUUGCACCAGAUCCGAAAUACGUAAGCGGUCGGGUUGGUUUACACAGACAGAACAGUGAGGGCUCUCCCUGCAUCCUUCCUGUGAUGGAGAAUGGUAAGAAGGCCAGCACCACACAUUACUACCUUCUGCCUUCUUGUGACUGCCAUGCCAAGAGGAAAGUGGAUUUAGUUUAGUUUGAAAGGUUCUAGUUGAAGUAGUAGAGGACUCUAUUGUUGAUGAGCGAAAAACACUUGACAAAUUAGUGAAACCAGGCGCUAACAACCGUCAAACUGCUGCUUUUACUUGUUUUGUCUUUGUUUGUUUUUUUGUUUUAU